AUGAGAAUCUGGCAACAGUUUCACCUGGCUUCUGCUUCCCAAAUAAACAAACAAGCAGUCCCGGGACCCUGCGAGCUCUCCUCCCCGGCGCCGCCCGAGAGCGUUGCGCUCCGCCCCCUCUCGCCCCCUCCAGCCAAUCGAGCCCGGCCGUGGUGCCCCCGCCCGGCCGCCCUCUCCUCCGCCCCUCUCGAACUUCUCCCGAUACUCCCCCCACCCCCAGUCCGUGCCUCCGUGGAGUCCCCGUUAGGACCAGCGUGGCCAGGGGCCCCGCCUCCUCCCGUGGGUCCUCCCGAGACCCACAGCCCGGGAGAUUCUCCCAGAGGGUCUAGGAGGGGUUGGAGGCGGCUCCACCUCUCGGGCCGGCCACCCCCUCCCUCGCACACCUCUGCGGGCGGCGGCUCGCGCCCCUCUGCUGCGCUUGUAGCAGGAGCCGCAGCGGCAGCCGCGUGA